AUGCCAAGACCCAACCCUAGUAGCAAUGAUCUAAAUGCGAAAAAGCAACAACAACGGUCGAUAUUUGAAUUUACAUCAUCAAGUACAAGUCCACUUGUUAGAUCAUCUACUGACAAAGAAACAGUUGAACCAACCGUGAAAAGAGAACACGAGAGUAAAAGACCACUGUUUGAAGUCGAGAGUCUCUAUUCCUUACCCUUGAAGGAAGAAAAAGUUUUGGAAAAUGAUGUUGGAUAUAAUGUUGAACUUGAUGGCAAAAAAGAUUACUACCAAAACCAACAAAUGCCAGAUUAUUUUUCGCCAUAUCCAAUUUCCCAAUCCACAGCAAACUUAUUAACUCAAAAUGCUAUACAAGUAAAGAAAGGACCAUUGGACUCAUCUACACACAAGAUGGAAACGGAACCACUGAGUAUCCUUUGUCCAGUUUGUAAUUUGGAUUUGCAUGAAUUAGAUUUCAGAAAUAGAACAGAUCACGUCGACACGUGUCUUGUACGCGUUUCCUUUGCUGAUAGCAGUGAUAUAUCCUUCCUGGAUCAUAAACCAUCACCCAUGGCUCCCAAAACUUUUAAAGCAAAGCUUGAAAAGAAAAGAAGAACGUCAUGUGAAAUAAUCGAGACAAAUCUGCCAUCGCCGUUAGAAAAGAAGCUAAAACUACAACAAAACAGCAAUAGCCAGAGUAACAACAGCAAUAACAAGAAAAAGAAGAUAGUCAAGGAAAAGGAAAGAUAUAUCAAUACAGAAACAAAAAUGCUUACAGGACCAAAGAUUAUAAAACCUCCAACAAAACCAAGCCAUUCAACGCGUACUUUUGAACCAAAUGCUUAUGGAAGUACAGAAACACGCCCUAGCACAAGUAGUGCAAACACGUCUUUCUCUUUAUCGACAUCGGGAAAGUUGCGAAAACCAAACGUGUCUCGUCGAAAGGAAAUUUCAGCUCUUAAAACAAUGACGUUUCCCUUAACUUCAGCUGCGAAAACUCAAAAUUAUUAUGUUUCAGUUGACGCAUUCAACUUUGCACCCCACAAUAUUAUAGACAAGUACUUUUUAACACAUUUCCAUGCUGACCACUAUGGUGGUAUUUCCAAAAAGUGGGCAUACGAGCGUGUUUUUGACCAAAAUAGUGAGUGUGAUUAUGAUGAUGAUUCCAAAUACAAAAAAAUUAUCUACUGUACUGUAAUUACAGGAAAGCUAUUGACUUUGUAUUUUUCAGUCGACCCAAGGUUUAUAAAGAUGUUGGAGAUGGAUACUAGGUAUAAAGUUCAACACUAUGCGAAAGACGAUGAUGGGCUGGAAAUUGUGUGUCAAGAUGUUGAAGAUGGAGGUAUUAUUGAACUUGAAGGAACAUCGCCGGGACUUUAUGUGAUUCCAAUAACAGCGAAUCAUUGCCCUGGAGCAGGCAUUUUUUUAUUUGAAUCUAUUGGUGUUGAUGGUCAUAUACAUCGAAUCUUACAUUGUGGAGAUUUUAGAGUCAAUAUGACGAUCCUUGAUCAUCCUCUCCUCAACAGGUUUAGCGUGGGAAGGCACAAUAUUGAAGAAACUGAUAAAAUAGACCAGGUAUACCUUGACACAACGUAUAUGAGCCCGACUUAUGUAUUUCCCAAACAGGAAUUGGUUUGUGAUACAUUGGCCGAGCUAUUUGAAAAUCUUACUAGACAGGAAGGUGAUCCAAAUAAUGAAAGCAUUGACACCAAAGAAACUCGAUUGGGAAACUCAUUGUUCAAUACAUGGUUUGGCUCUCUUGUUCAACCAAGAAUCACCGAUUUUUGGAAGUCAAUUGGAGGAAAUGCCGGGAGUGGCACAACGAAUACAAAAAAAGAGAAAAAGAAAAAGAAAUUUUUGAUUUUAGUUGGCACUUAUGUUAUCGGAAAAGAACGGUUGGCGAUUGCCAUUCUGAAAAGACUCAAGUGUCAAAUAUAUGUGUCUAACAUCAACAAUCGCAAGAACAAAUACGAAAUCUUACGCACAUACCAAGAUCCAUAUUUGGACUCAGUAUUGACCGAGGAUGAACUUGGUCUGGGAUUCGAAGAGCAAGCUGAAGAUGAUGUUUCUGAUUGUAUUGUGCACCUUGUGCCAAUGAACAUCGUAGGUUCCAUUACUGAACUAUCAAACUACUUUAACCAUAACAGGUACUAUGAAUACUUUGAGCGGUGUGUAGGGCUCCGACCAACGGGGUGGAGUUUUGCACAAAAUGGGAAGAAACCAGACUCAAUAAGCCAACAGAACUUGUCCAGCUCAGCCUCGACAGUUACUGCUGAGUUAGAAGAAACAGUUCCUCUUACACCAUUGGAAGAAGUUAUUAAAUGCAUGAAGGUUCGAACAUCAUAUAAUGCACUAGAUCAUAUUCUUAGUCAGGGCCCGAAGCCACAAACAAAGCUCAAAACCGGGAAGAAUCUCCCCGAUAACGAGCUAUACAGAAUUUAUUCAGUGCCAUAUAGUGAACACUCGUCGUUCCGCGAGUUGGCUUAUUUCGUCGUUUUUUUCAAUAUUGGAAAAGUGAUACCCACAGUGAACUGCUCUAAUGAAUUUAAUGUACAACGAAUGAAUGCGAUUAUAGAAACAUGGGAACAGGCGAGGCGGAUAAUUACAGGAGGCAUGACAGAAAGGGACUAUAAAUUGUCAGAUGAAUUGAUUGAACAAGUCAGACAAAUUACACUAGACAGUUUUUAA